AUGCUCUCUACUGAAAGCUCUCGCUCACUCAUGCUCUCUACGGAAGAGCAAGAGGAACUCUCACACAGCAACAAAAAGGUUAAAAAUGUUGGCCAUGCAGGAUUUCAAUCCAUGACAUUUAAGGAUAGGCUAAUGGGCAAAGUUCCUGGAGCUUAUACUCAGGCUUUUAGUUUCGAAGACCUCAUGGAGGAUGAUAUAGAAUCGGAUGACGAAGUGGAAGCGCUCCGAGAAGGUUUGGUAGCAAUGAAAUUUUCUAAGGAUCUCAAACAUGAAAUGCGCAGCCCCUGGACCCGUGCUCUCAUUGUAAAGGUUUACGGUAGGUCUGUGGGUUUUAAUUUCAUCCAUAACAAGCUCCUAUCAAUGUGGAAGCCUGCUGGGAGGCUUGACUGCAUAGGAUUAGGACAUGGGUUCUUUCUCACUCGUCUGUCACUCAAGGAGGACUACGAAAAUAUCCUCAGAAAGGGACCAUGGUUUAUUGGAGGGCAUUUUUUAUCCAUUAGACCAUGGGAGCCAAAUUUUCAUCCGGCAACGGCAAAUGUCUCCUCGGUGGCAGUAUGGAUUAGACUGAAUGAGUUACCUAUUGAGUAUUACAAUGCGAAAGCUUUGCAUCAGACUGGCAAGUCAAUUGGCAAUGUUCUUAGAGUAGACACACAUACAGCCACUGAAACUAAAGGAAAGUUUGCCAAACUCUGUGUGCAGAUAGAUGUCAAUAAACCUCUGAUUACAGCCAUUUUGAUAGGGAAAUUUGAACAACCUGUUUGA